CAAGGAGGUCUGUGGUGGAGGUGUGCAGCGCUCCGCCGCCUCCUCCCUCACGCCUGCCACACCACACACUCAGUAACUCCUAACAUACACAGUGUGCAAGUGCUGCCCUUGUAUAAUGUGUACAAUGUGUGACAGGGUGCUGGACACGUGGGAGUGGCAGACGGAGGUGGAGGACGCCCAGUACGACGUGGUCACCUGCCUCAACCUCCUGGACCGCUGCGACACCCCCAGGACGCUACUCCAGAACAUCCACGCCAAGCUGGCCGCCCACGGCGCCCUGGUCGUCGCCCUCGUCCUCCCCUUCAGCCCCUACGUCGAGAUAGGUACUAUAGACAACCUGCCAUCAGAGGAGCUAGGAGUGAGUGGGUCGACUGUAGAGGAACAGGUCAAUAGCCUGGCAGGAGACGUCUUCCCUAGUCUAGGCUACAAGCUGGAGCGCUGGUCCCGCCUCCCCUACCUGUGUGAAGGUGAUCUUGACCAGGCUUUCUACUGGCUGUCUGAUGUGGUGCUCGUCUUGGUCAAGGGAAAUGGCGGGUCACCCAAUGGCACUGUUGAGGACAGUGGGGAUCAGUAUGGUGAUGCGCUCGACCAAGUUGCGAGUGGAUUGGGACAGGUAAACCUUUGAGAACUAUUAGCUACAGUAAAUAAUGGAGAUUUGUUUGGAAUUUAUUUGGUACUCAGUUGGGCUCUGUACUUAAUUUUCUUUCUGUACAAACGAAUAUGUAAGGACCUUAAAUAAAGCUGCUUUUCACAAAUUAUA